AUGAGAAAGCCUUUCUAUAGAGCAAGACCUCUAUGGCUGGUUCCGUUCGCGAUUACCGCGUCUCUCGUUCGUGGUAUGACUAUGGCACCUCGCGUCGAAGUCUUCACUCAGCUGGCUUGUGCAUCUACACACCACCACACUCAGCGUACAUACAACCAUACGCUAGAUAAUGCUAGCCUGAACCUUCUUGACUCACACACUCUUUCCUUAUAUUACACACUCGACCCUCUGGGACCUCAUCUACCCGAACACCUUUCAAUUCCUACAAUUCCAACAUCCACAGAACAUACCUCGCCUGUUGACCCUCCAGACGACGACGAACCCGAUCCCGACGACGACCCUCGGAAAUUACCAUCCCCACAAUGUAUCAGAGAUCCUCAAGUCCAGAAAGAAGCUGCACGUAUUCAAACAAUAUUGACUACUACGAUGGGUCUAUUAUCGGCGUUCAGUACUGGCUGGUGGGGCCACUUCAGCGAACGUCAUGGGAGGACUAGGGUUUUGGCUAUGGCAACUUUGGGGUUGUUUCUAACGGACCUUACAUUCAUUCUAGUCGCGACCCCCGGUUCACCUCUAGCCGCUCACGGUCAUAAAUUACUCGUCAUCGCACCGAUAAUCGAAGGCUUACUCGGAGGCUGGUCUACACUCCAGUCAGCCACAUCGGCGUAUGUCUCGGACUGUACUAGUCCAGGCUCUCGUGCGACUAUUUUUUCGAGGUUCAAUGGGGUUUUCUUCCUUGGGUUUAGUAUUGGGCCGGUGAUUGGUGGGUGGAUCAUUAGGAAUGGUAUUCCAGGGAUUGACAGGAUUGGAACUAUCAAUAAGCAAGGCAAAAGCGUGACAGAAGUUUUCUGGCUAGCGAUAUGUUUAUCGUUUAUGAAUUUCCUCCUGACGACCUUUUUGUUCCCCGAAUCUUUGUCAAAGGAACAGCAGGACAAGGCAAAGUUGGCGCAUGAUGGUGACGGUCCGGACGCCAAAGGCAGAUCACGAUCUGAUAACGACUCUAUGAGUGCAAAUGCAAGUCCCACUCAUGGACCCGAUGAACCUAGAGCGGCACCGCGAAAGAGCAGUACUCUGGGGCGUGUAUUCAGUCCCUUGGCACUCUUCCUUCCCGUUAGGAAAGAUUGGAGUUUAACUUUCCUUGCUAUGGCAAUGUUUUUGUAUAUGCUUUCCACGGGUGUUUACCAGAUAAAGUAUCUCUAUGUCGUUCACACGUAUAACUGGGCCGCCGACCAGCUUAGCUACUACAUUUCGUAUCUCGGUGGUUUAAGAGCACUUGGGUUGUUGUUCUUGUUACCCAGCAUUAUCUCAACUUUUAAGCCGAAACCUCCUCCCGGUCAAGGGAAACAAGCAAAGCCGACUAAGAGUCGUCUUGCAGUAGAGAUAAACUUUGACCUUCUCUUAACUCGAUGCUCAAUCCUCAUUGAUAUCUUUUCACAAUUCCUGGUCACUGUCAUUCCAACACCUCGUAUCGCGCAUCAAAUGCAUACUACUGCUGAUAUCGGUCCUGGUAGCCUUGGUAGUCCUAAUUGGAUUCACGACCCAAACACGCGAAGCACGGUCUUCUUCGUGGUCGCCAGUGGUCUAAGCAGUAUCGGCUCAGGCUUCAUCCCGGCAUGCCAAAGUCUGGCAUUGUGUAUUGUUCAGGCAAGACAGCUACUGGAAGGACAGGCAGAUCCAGAUCGGACAAUAGAGGAACAACAGCAAGAAGAAGAAGAGUUUGGAGGAGGAGGAGGAAUCAAACCUCAAGCAGAUACUGGAAUUGGAAAACUCUUCGGAGCGCUGUCAAUGUUACAGGCCGUUGGACAGAUGAUCCUUGGGCCUCUAUUCUUCGGUUUGCUUUACGGAAACACCGUAGCUUUCUUCCCGAAAGCUAUUUUCGUUUGCGGUUGUGCAAUAUUGACUGCCGCGUUGGUUUGUGCCUUCAUGAUACGGAGUCCCGUGGAACGAGAGCUUCUGAUUCAUAGGGCUCAAAAGAUGAAAGGGAAGAAAAGAGUUGAGCGUGAGAGGGGCAGGUCGAGGGCUAGCAAAGACUUAUUUGGGGGUACGAGUUUGGAAUCAAGUUCAGGCUCGGAUUCGGGCUCGAGCAGCGGUAGCUCUGACGCUACAGUUCCGGUGGUGGAAGCUUGA